AUGGACGAUACAUUGCCCACACGAGAGGUCUUCUUCGAGACAGGACUGGCUCAAGCCCCCAGCAACGGCAAUGAUUGUCCCAUCUGCAGCGAUCCUCUCGAGGACGCGGUAUCGCUUCCUUGUCAUCCAACUCACGUCUUCUGUCGUACCUGUAUCAAGCAAUGGCUGAAUGCUCCUACAAAGAACACCUGCCCGCAAUGCCGCAAGAAACUCUUCAUCCCGGCUGCAGACCGCGAAUAUCUUCCAGCUGAUUACUCGGACCGACGGCAGCUCAUAGACAGGGCGCUUGAAGUUAGCGGCAUCCGCCGCCUACCCGCUUCCCGCCGCGCAAUGGAUUUUACUGAACUGCAUACUUUCGACCUGGGCCGUCCACGUUGGGACCAACUCUCUGAUCGCGGCGACGAGGCGGGAGAUUUCUUAGCGGCUUCCCUAGGAUCCGAUGAGAACGGAAGCCGAAUUAUCAAUCACACCCCAGACGGAGAACCUACCGCCGUUCAAGGUCGCGGCUGGAUGGAUCUCUCGCUUGCUUUUCCCCGAGUGGUCGCAAUGGCAAAUCUCCUCCCCGCUGUGGCGGAGGCCGCCCAUCGCCCUUACAGCGACGAGGAGCAACGCCUCUUCCGCAUCAUCGUGGCCGAAUUCGGACGCAUUCUGAGGAUACAAUACGCCGCUGAUCCAGAGGUUCUGGAUGUCGUUCUUGCUCCGGGGAGUAAUUGGGCGAUGACUCUUGACGUCAAUCUAGGUCGUGAACCGGCUAUUGUACAGUCGGGCUUCUUUUGGAUUCGUGGGCCUGAUAUCGUUAAGCUUCUUGAGUUUACUGCCUAUUGGGCUUGGAAAGAUAUGCAGUCGAGACGACUGGUGGAGAGGGAAGGGAGGAGGAAACGGCGGGUGACGUUUUCUCGCUGCUUUUUGAAUUAG